ACUACACACAAACUACUAAAACGGUUGAGUUAUAUAUAGUAAUAUACUAACUAUUACUCAAAAGGGUUGUCCGAAGAAACUAGAGAUGUCUUCUCGCCGCCGCGGUAGUAAAGACGCUGUGAAGGUGGUGAUAAUCAACACGGAGUACGUCGAGACUGACGCUAGGAGCUUCAAAUCUGUCGUUCAAAACCUCACCGGAAAAGACUCGAUCAUCUCCUAUGCUUCAAGGGCACCGGUGUUGUCCAGGGGAAUGUCGUUCAAUGAAUUCGAAAGAAUGAUUAAGGAGUUGCCUCCAUUUGAUGAACUAUGAUCUGGGCUUUAAUUACUAGCCAUAUUAUUAUUACUAUUUAAAUUUUCAAUUUGUUUUUGUUAUAUACAUAUUAUUGGAAUUUUUUCUUUUUUUUUCCUUUUCCCUUUGGGUGAGAAACGUCGCUCGCCAGGUUGUUCGUUCGUAAUAUAUAUAU